AUGAGUGUUACUGAUACUGUAGCUGAUACUGCCGAAAAUUGGAAUACGAUGCGUCACUUGGAACGUUUCAAAAAAUAUGGACAAACAGAAAAAGAGUUGACUUGUAAUCUGUUUGCUGAAUUUUAUGGUACCGUUCUCCUAAAAAAUUCAAUUUAUUGGUAUUGGUGUGACUGUUCAGUCGCGGGACAUCUAGCUCUCAGAUACAAAUUAAUAUCGGCUGGGAACGAUCGGCAGGAUCGUACUAUUAGUUUAUGUUGCGUGGGAAAUCUCGGGUGGACAUGUACAUCCGGCAGUAACGGCUACUUUAUUCAUUCUUGGAAAGGUAUCUUUUAUUCACAGUCGUCUGUAUUUCGUUGCGCAAAAUUUGGCGCCGCAUUUGGCGCACGGAUGAUGUAUAUGGUUUAUAGCGAGACGAUAAAUACGUUUGACGAAGGUGUUCGAGCAAUAAAUGAGCAAAAUGCAACUGGAAUAAUUUUUGCAUCUUACCCACAGGCUUAUCUUUCCAAUACUGGCGCCUUUAUCGACCAAAUAUCAAAAAAUUCAAUAUCAGCUGUUUUCGGUACAAUCGCAGCGACCAUUUCGGUUGUUGCGGGCUUGGAUAUGGGUUCGCCGGUUAAUCCAGCUAGUGAUUUUGGUGCACGAAUUUUUGCCUCCUUAAUUGGUCAUGGCAUCCAGCUUUUUACAUUCCAUCACUACUUUUUCGUCGUUCCAUUACUGGCGCCAAUUGUGGGUGCAGUGAUUGGCGCGUAUUCCUAUCGGUUUUUUAUCGGUCUCCAUAUUCCGAAACCGGUGGCAACAAAAUCGAUAAAGAUAAAUGGGAAACAGAUCAAGAAAACGGAUUAA